UUUCUUUUUUAAUUGUCUUGGAAACCAAACGAGUUCCUGGGAAAUUUAGCAUGAAUGUCUUAUGUUGAUUUGUUUGCACACUUCUUGAUGCUUUUCACUCGCAAUUUUUUUUUUUGUCUUGCAAAAAUUGAGCUUUAAUUCAUUUAAUUCUCUGGCCUUUUCUAAUUAUGUUCAAUGUUCGAUGUAAAGAUUUGCUUUUUUUAAAUUUGUUUUCCUCGUAAAAAUUUGCGCUUGAAUGCUUAACUUUCACUCUUUUUUAUAUUUAGUUUUUGUUUAAUUCAACAGAUUCGUAAUUACUUGACGAAACGACAAAAAAGGGAAAAAAAAAAGAAGAAAAGCCUGCCAAUCGAUAUGAUUUUAUCAGCCAUUGAAGCUUUGAACGAGGCAAAUGGCUCAAACAAGACAUCAAUAUCCAAACACAUUGAAUCGAAAUACGGACAGUUACCAGCAGAGCACACGACUCUGCUGUCUCACCACCUGAACAGAAUGAAGGAAACGGGAGAGCUAGUUUUGUGGAAAAAUAAUUACAUGAAACUUGACCCAAAUGCACCUCCAAGGCGUGGUCGUGGUAGACCCCCAAAGCCAAAGAACCCACUGGCACAACUCCCAGUCCUGGCUCCGGCUAGGCCUAGGGGCCGCCCACCUAAGGAUCCCAAUGCUCCAAAGCGGGUGAAGCCUAAGGUAGCAACUGAAAGUGGGAAGCCUAGGGGACGACCACGGAAGAUGGCUAGGCCUUCAGGUGGGAUAAGUGGAAGCACUACAGCAACAGUGACAGGAAGAGGUAGAGGUCGGCCCCCAAAGGUGAAACCUCCAUUGACUGAAGUGAGUGUUGAACAAUAGUCCCAUCCCCUUACUGUUACUGGUGCUUGUUGCUUACUGGUCUUUUAGUUUUUUCUGUCUGUAGAAUUGGUGUUAGUCUGUUCAUUGUGUUGUAAGUGCAAAGUAGAAUUGGAUGGUGUAGUUGUUGUCGAGGCUUUAACAGUCAGUUCCUUGUAGAGGAUGAUGAUGCUAAUGAUGAUUUGGGUUAAAAUCUUCUUAUUGUUUCAAA